CUGGGUCACACCAGCCAGGGCAGAACACAAAAGUUUUUAAAAUCCUGCUUUAAAACAUGACUGAUGCAAGUCCAAGGCUUAUCAAAGUAUCUUGGCCAGAGCUCCCGGGCUUACCCAGCAUCCCUUUCCCCUGUUUGUGGGUGAGAAUGGUUUCCCUGGUGCCAAUGCUGCCCUGAAACGACGUGCGUGUCACAGGCGGAGGGUGCAGACCAGCCAAAUGCUGAAGACUCAGAAAAGACUGAGCCUGCUCCUCUUGAUUUUGAAGGACAGAUUGCCUAUGGCCCAAGUGGAGGUUAGAGUGAGGGCAUUGCAGGCCCUGGUCUGUGCAAUGUCUAGUGUGUAAAUACUUAGUUCUCCAGCGGGCCGAUCGGAAUGCGUCGUUCAGAGCCAGGAUUCACUUUGUCUGCCCCGCCUCCUGGAGAACACCAGCAAGUUAGUGUCCACGGGGCCAAGGACAGCCUGAGCUCUCUGAGGAUGUGUUUGUUUUGGUGUUUGCGAGGUAUGGGUUAUAUGGGGCAGAAUGCCCUUGCUGAAUUUCUUUCUGCUUUCUAUUCCAUCUAUUGUAAAAGCUGACCAUACCGCCUCUCUCCUUCUCUCUAGCUUCUGCAGUGGUAGAUUGAUUGAAUUUCUAAGGUACCGGGUGGUUGUCCUUCAUCUGAGCAGUACAUAAUAAAUGCAGGCAACACUCUUAACUACCUGGUCUCAGGUUGCCAGUUAGACCAUGUGGUCGUUGCCACCAAAUGUUCUCGGUCACGUUUGCAGGACCCGCUUUCUGUGAGUCUCCUGUCAAAAAGGCACAUGUUGGGUGAUAUUGGGGUGGUGCCUUGUUAACAUAUUUGAGAGUUAUGUCUAUAAUAUUAUGAAUUACAUUUGGUGAUUGUUUCAAUGUUCUGAUUUGGGUUCCUUUACGUUUUAAAAUUUUGUUUUAUGACACAGAACUUCUUAAUGGUGCUGCCGGGCUAAUGGUUUACUCUGGUCAUCACUGAUGGUGCUCUAGGGUUACUUUGAAUAUAUUCUCUCAUUCUUCUCUGUAAUCAGAAUUUGACGUGGCCAGGUACUGCAGAGAGAACCUGGAUAGCAUUUAAUCCUUAAAUAGCAUUGUAAUCAAAGAAACGAGAUUCCCUGUCUCUCUAGCCCUAGCUUCUCCUGACUCUCACUUGAAAAACUGGCACGGCCUUGAGGCGAGCCUGCUCAGGAUCGGCUCGCUGCCGAGAAUCAGGUCCACUCUCCGCAGGGACGAGGAACAUAAUGUCCUGUUGACGAUAAGGUGCUUGCUCUAUUGCUGAUUCCAAAGUUGUGGGAGAGGGUUCUUGUCCUCAGAAAUAUUUCAUCCUGUGCUGCAGGCAAUUAUGUUCAUCACCAGCAACUUUGGGCCACGGGCACAUUAUCUCAACUGAUUGCGAGUGUAAAAUAAUACAGUGUUUAUGUUUGAUGAAUUUGAAUUUUUAUUGUUCCUGUUUUGAGGAGUUGAGACCAGAUUAUUUGCAAAAUAUGUCUUCUUUGUAGGAGAGAAAAUUGUAGUGUUCUCAGAUUGGAUAAGUUAAUCUAGUGAUUACAUGUCACAUAGGAUUUGGAUUCUUUUAUAAUAACAAUUCUGGGUUGGUCAGACUCCCCUGAGUCCAUAGAUAUUAAAAUAUUCUGUAGUCACUCUCUUUAUCUUUAGGUAAAAUUACAUGGAAGAGAUCUAGAUGAUAGAUACGCAUAUACAUGCACAUACACUUACAUACAGAUUUGGUAUAUAGACACAUACAUAUGUAUGAUUAUGUAAAUAUAUUUAACUAUUUUCAUUCUUAAAAUUUUGGGGAAAGGAAAUUGUAAAACCACCUUUAGUAAUAUGAUCUGGCAUUCUUAUUGCUAGCUUUCAUAAAUGCUUAAGUUCUCUUCACUCAAAUAAAAACUAAGUUUUUAUUUCAACUUAGUUCUAUUUUCCAAAGAAUGAUUCAGAAUACCCGUAGAAUAUGCCACCUAUUUGCUUGAAAACCUUUCCUUUAUCACAUGUGUGUUGAUGGGCUGCAGGCUCCCUGGGGGGGCUACAAAAAAAUACCCAGUACCUUCAGCAAGUUGCAGUAACAUGUGGAGGAACACAUGUGAACAUAAAGGUACACGGAGGUGUCAUGGGCACAUGUGGGCAGAGAGCGUAGCAAGGGGACAUGCAUGGCCUUAGCUCUUCAGGCUUGAGUUAAAGUCCAGCUCUGCCACUUAUGGCCCACGUGAAGGUGGACGAGUUAGUUCACCCCUUAGUCCUCUGUUUCCUCAUCCGCAGGGAGAGUAACAGUGGCGCCCUACCCCAGGGAGCUUGCAGAAGGAUUCAUGAGAUGAUGCGCACCAAGUGCCCAGCCAGCGCUGCAGCCCGCUGUGCGCUCUCAGGAGACACGUAGAGGUCUGUGCAGGUCCCAGGGGGGCGGGCAGGGGCUCGGAGCAGGCCUCACGGAGGAGGAAAUGCCUGCGUGCGUUCUCAGUGGAAAGUAGAAGUUAUCCAGGUGAACAGGAAAGGAGAACAUUGCAUGAACAAAGGAACAGAGUUCCAGAACUUUCUCAAGGCUAAUCUCAUCAGAUCUAAAUUCAAAAGCUGUUAUGUUGGACACUCUACUUUCUAGAAUACCUUUCAAAGUCAUAAAAAUCUGACUUCCAAGCUUCAGACAUUUCAGGGUCUCAACAAAUCAACAUAUUUUACCCCGUAAAGCCUGAUCUGUUUUGAAUGUAGGUGGGGAAUUAGCUUGAAUUUCCCCUGUUUGUACCUCACAAUAUCAUGUCUCCUUUCUAAAAAUGGCAGGUCUGGAUGGCUGACACCUAAGAAGCCUGUUGUGAGCUCUGCUUCCCAGCCAGCUGCCUGUUCUAACUGUGCAGCCCGUGCUCCCCGCUUUCUGUCGUUCUCCUGUGUGUUUUCUCCCUUCUCUCAAAUGCACCACUCAGCACAGCUUUCUACUGAGUCCUGCCCUCUUUCACCUUUUCCAUUUGUCAAGGUCACUUUAAAUUUCAUUCCAGUUCUCCUACGUGCCAGCCAUCCCCCAACCAAAUGGGGGUUAUUAUCAAAUUUAAUAAGAAUGCUUUUGAUUCCAUAUUCAAGGCAUCAAUCAGCAUGUUAACUCUAGCAACAUUCAGCAGAUGACCUAACUCUGUGGAAUUUAAUUUGUUUGUACUAAUUGAUUUGUAUACGUGAUAAAAUUACCCUUUCUAGAGAUGAAAAGGAAACUUGGGAAAGCAUACCAUGAAAAUGCUGGACAAAUAACAAGGACUCAGUCAUUACAUUCACUUCUGUCGUGCUUUUCAGUCACUUGUGAUUUGGAAGAGAAGGAAGGCAGUAAUUUUCUUUCUAUCUCAGGAGGCAUUAGUAUGACGGAUCUUAAUUCUCACUCAUUUUUAUAGCCCAUGUUCCCAGAAUGCAUCCGUUUCUGUCCCUGGCUCUUAAGUGCCAGGUGACUUGACACUGUCCAAGUCACCUCCAUGAGCUUCAGUUUCGUCAUUGGUAAAAAGGCGAUCCCCAAACUAGCACAAUGAAAGGAUUGCUGGGGGAUCAGUUAACGUCGAAUAUGGGGAAAAUUCUAAAACUUGACACUACUUAAAAAAAACAUUAUUUUGAGUUCCCUGGAUCUUAAUUCUAAAUAAGAUCACACCCCUGUUGUAGCCUAAAUCCAAGGACAUUUUUGUGUCCUGGGGGGAUCACUGCAGUUGGCCAGUGGGUUCUAGUUCAUAUGGAGAUUUGGUCUGGGGGGCUUUAUAAAGGUGCUCUUCUUGCAUCCUGUGUUAGGACUUGGUCCAGUUCUGAGUUCUGGGAAGAAUUUAGAAUGCCAAAUGGAAAGUCAUUCAUCCUAAUGUCUGUAUUAAUUUGGCUUACCCAAAAGAAUGAAAAUCCCCAAGUCACACCAAGUGCUUACUGGGUGCUGUAAUUUGAUAACCCAAUCCCAAACAAAGUGAGGAAACCACACCCAAAAUUGACUACACAGGACGGACCAGGACAGAGAGUCAGAGCUGGAACGUGAAGAUGUACUGAAGAAGGCACCUGGCUUGUUCGGGGCGCCCAGCAGAAUAUCAUGGAUGUUAUCACAGCAGUUUACCCUGGACCUUCUAGUUUUAGGACACCUCUCAUUGAACCUCACGUUCCUCUUCGUCCUGCUCACACCAUUACCAAGGUACCUUCCGAGAAGAUCCUCAGAGCUGGAAAAAUUUUACGAAAUGCCAUUCUCUCCCGAGCACCUCACAUGAUAAGAGAUAGAAAAUAUCACCUGAAGACAUACAGACAAUGCUGUGUGGGAACCGAGCUGGUGGACUGGAUGCUGCAGCAGACUCCGUGCGUUCACUCCCGAACUCAGGCUGUCGGCAUGUGGCAAGUUCUGGUGGAAGACGGUGUCCUCAACCAUGUGGACCAGGAGCAUCAUUUCCAGGACAAAUAUUUAUUUUAUCGAUUUCUGGAUGAUGAGCACGAGGAUGCCCCCUUGCCCACUGAGGAGGAGAAGAAGGAGUGUGAUGAGGAGUUUCAGGACACCAUGCUGCUGCUGUCACAGAUGGGCCCCGAUGCCCACAUGAGGAUGAUCCUCCGCAAAUCACCUGGCCAGAGGACUAUGGAUGACCUAGAGAUUAUCUAUGAGGAGCUCCUUCACAUCAAAGCCUUAUCCCAUCUUUCUACCACCGUGAAGCGGGAGUUAGCAGGGGUUCUCAUUUUUGAGUCUCACGCCAAAGGAGGCACUGUCUUGUUCAACCAGGGAGAAGAAGGCACCUCCUGGUACAUUAUCCUAAAAGGAUCCGUGAAUGUAGUCAUUUAUGGCAAGGGCGUGGUGUGCACCCUGCACGAAGGAGAUGAUUUUGGCAAGCUGGCAUUGGUGAAUGACGCCCCCAGAGCCGCCUCUAUUGUCUUGCGAGAAGAUAAUUGCCAUUUCUUAAGAGUAGACAAGGAGGAUUUCAACCGGAUUCUGAGGGACGUUGAGGCGAACACAGUCAGACUCAAAGAACAUGACCAAGAUGUCUUGGUGCUGGAGAAGGUCCCAGCAGGGAACAGGGCUUCUAAUCAAGGAAACGCACAGCCUCAGCAAAAGUAUACUGUGAUGUCAGGAACACCUGAAAAAAUUUUAGAGCAUUUUCUAGAAACUAUACGCCUUGAGCCAACUUUAAAUGAAGCAACAGAUUCUGUUUUAAAUGACUUUGUCAUGAUGCACUGUGUUUUUAUGCCAAACACCCAGCUUUGUCCAGCCUUGGUCGCCCACUACCACGCACAGCCUUCACAAGGUACAGAACAGGAGAAGAUGGACUAUGCCCUCAACAAUAAGAGGCGAGUCGUCCGCCUGGUUUUGCAGUGGGCCGCCACGUAUGGAGACCUCCUGCAAGAGGAUGAUGUGGCCAUGGCCUUCCUGGAGGAGUUUUACGUGUCUGUGUCAGAUGACGCCCGGAUGACCACCGCCCUCAGGGAGCAGCUGCCUGAGUUAGAGAAGGUCGUCAAGCAAAUUUCAGAAGAUGCAAAGAAUCCACAAAAGAAGCACAGAGUUCUUUUGCAACAGUUCAACACGGGUGAUGAGAGAGCCCAGAAGCGCCAGCCUAUCCAUGGCUCUGACGAAGUUCUGUUCAAGGUCUAUUGCAUGGACCACACCUACACAACCAUCCGGGUGCCGGUGGCCGCCUCGGUGAAGGAAGUCAUUGGCGCAGUCGCCGACAAACUGGGCUCCGGAGAAGGCCUGAUCAUAGUCAAGAUGAGCUCCGGAGGAGAAAAGGUGGUGCUCAAACCUAAUGAUGUUUCAGUAUUUACGACGCUCACCAUUAAUGGACGGCUGUUUGCUUGCCCGCGAGAGCAAUUCGAUUCACUGACUCCUUUGCCAGAACAGGAAGGCCCAACUGUUGGAACAGUGGGAACUUUUGAACUGAUGAGCUCGAAAGAUUUAGCAUACCAGAUGACAAUUUAUGAUUGGGAACUCUUCAACUGUGUGCAUGAGCUGGAGCUAAUCUAUCACACAUUUGGAAGGCAUAAUUUUAAAAAGACCACAGCAAACUUGGAUUUGUUCCUGAGGAGAUUUAAUGAAAUUCAGUUUUGGGUUGCCACUGAGAUUUGCCUUUGUUCCCAGCCCAACAAGCGUGUUCAGCUCUUAAAAAAAUUUAUUAAGAUAGCAGCACACUGUAAGGAGUACAAAAAUCUGAAUUCCUUUUUUGCCAUCGUCAUGGGGCUGAGCAACGUCGCCGUGAGCCGCUUGGCGCUGACGUGGGAGAAACUGCCAAGCAAGUUCAAGAAGUUCUAUGCAGAGUUUGAAAGUUUAAUGGAUCCUUCAAGAAACCACAGGGCCUACAGGCUGACAGUAGCUAAGCUGGAGCCUCCUCUCAUCCCCUUCAUGCCUUUGCUCAUCAAAGAUAUGACAUUUACUCAUGAGGGGAACAAGACAUUCAUUGACAAUCUAGUAAACUUUGAAAAAAUGCGCAUGAUUGCAAAUACUGCCAGAACAGUGAGAUACUGCAGAAGCCAACCUUUCAAUCUUGACGCAGCUCAAGCUAAUAAGAACCAUCAGGAUGUCCGGAGUUAUGUACGGCAAUUAAAUGUGAUUGACAACCAGAGAACUUUAUCCCAGUUGUCACACCGAUUAGAGCCUCGUCGGCCAUAAACAUUUCAAGUGUCCAAAACAAUGGUUUGCCUUCAGCCCGCGGUCUUUCAGAAAUGGCAUUUAUGCUACCACUGACUGUAUUGUCACGAGAGAAUUCUACACAACAAGCAAAAACACACCCUGAGACAUCUCGGGGCUGCAUUCAGCUUACCAGCGUCACGACAAGAGAAGAAAUUCCUUGGUUUGCAUCAAGCUUGCGCCCCCUAGCUUAGGAACCCCCCCCCCAUUCGCAGUCACCUGGUUUCAUUUCCGACUGUGCUGUCUUCUUUGCCAAAACAUAAAAUAAGACCCAUGUGAAGAGUUUGGUAGAAAUACCGUUGUCAAGAGAAAUAUCAACUCCUUGACAUUUUUUUCUAAGAACGCUUACAGGGUGAGAUGUGCUACAUACAAGAGAUUUAUUUGAAUACAUCAGUGGUCAUAUAGUUCCAUAAUUUUUAACUUAACAUCUUGAUUUGGAGCAUGAGGUGUUAGAAGGUGCCGAGGAGUCAGUAUAAAUCCACAUCAAGGUUGUAUUCUUCCAUCUUUAGAGUCUCAGCUCUGAGGAAUUGAACCUGACCUUAUUACUAUGAGACGUUAUGGCUAUUUAUGUAAUUUAGGGAGGACCAGUCUAUAAUUUCUGAAUGAUAUAUAGAAUAAUAUUUAUGUUUACAAUGUAACCUUUUUAAACUCACAAAUCAGGAUUACAUACAUAAGAAUUCCACUAAGAAACUCCAAGGUUCUUAAAAUUGCCAGCAUUAAGAUAAAAAAAAAUUUCAGAAGAGCACAAUAUGCAUAGAACAUUUUUCAAAAUUAAAUAUUUUCCUGGGCAUUAAACACCUUUACUCUUGGCUAAUUAUUGUUA